AUGCGCAGCGUGGACAGAAAGUUGAGGCCAGAGGAGAUUGAUGAGUUGCGGGAUGCUUUUAAGGAGUUUGAUAAGAACAAAGACGGUUUCAUCAGCUGUAAAGACCUGGGAAACUGCAUGAGAUCCAUGGGAUACAUGCCUACCGUAAUGGAGUUGAUAGAACUGAGCCAACAGAUCAACAUGAAUUUGGGAGGUCAUGUUGAUUUUGAGGAUUUUGUGGAGUUGAUGGGCCCCAAACUUCUCGCUGAAACUGCAGAUAUGAUUGGUGUGAAAGAACUAAGAGAUGCCUUCAAAGAGUUUGACACCAAUGGUGAUGGAGCGAUAAGCACAUCUGAGCUGAGAGAAGCCAUGAGGAAGUUGCUGGGACAACAGGUGAGG